AACUUUGCUGCGAGUGGUUUCAAGCUGUAUACACGUCGUUUUGGAACUUACCGGAGGCCAAUCUCCCGGAGCUUCAGCUUCAGUUUUUCGGAUGGUCUUGGCUAGCAGUUUCGCGAUUGGGAGCCCCAGUCUUUGGAAGCAUCUCGAGUGAUCCGCCUGGCCGUCUGAGUUUUUGCGCCUGGGCUCCAUUCCGUUCCUUCGUUCGGUUGUUUUGAUCGUGUGAUCGUGUUGUGAUCAUUGGCCAUUGCCUUGCCGCCAAAGGAGAGAGUGUUGUGCAGUCUUCUCCACGCAGAAGAAGGUUCGCAUAUCGCGUGCCGCGAGUGGAAUUUGACUAAUCGAUCGAUGCCUUUUCGAGUGAAUCCGUGUACACUAGAUGAUAGUAGAAAUUUUGUUUUGGGCCCAGUGAGUUAAGCUUUCUCGAUAAGCUUCGAGUUGAUACCCAGAGAAACCCAAACCAUUUGAAAAAAAUUGUGUCCACAUCCUCGGAUAAUAAAUUCCACCAAAAUCUGUUGGAACCAUUGAGAAAAUCCUUUAAGUGCAAAGAAAAAAAAAAAACAUCAUUAUCAUAUGAAAUACCAGCGAAAAAAGUGAAAACCCAACUCAGCCAAGUGUGACGAGUGCAUCGAAUUCCUUCCUUCCGAAUAAAAAAUUCCACAGUGAAACGAAAGUUUGCCGACAGUGAACGGAUACAAAAAAAAAACGAAAAAAAAAACCUGCCAUUGAUAAAUUCCAGAAAGAUCCUUUUGGAAGGAAAAGUGUGUCGUCCCGUGAAGUGUUUUCUAAAGUGCCAGAAAAAUUAAGAACCUGACCAUCAUAAUAAUUGAAACCUUACACCAUGAAGCAGCUUAUCCUGUUUGCAGCUGUCCUGAUAACGGGUGUCCUGUCCCAGGGAUUUCUGCAACCACCACCUUUUAGACCGCUUCCACAAUCUGAGCCAAACAUCAAAGCUCAGCGAAGGCAGCUGACACAACAACAGCAAAAUCACAUAUUCAGCGACAUUCAGCAGCACCAGCAUCGAUUUAAUCUGCACGCAAACCGACCGCCAUCGAAUGUGAUAAUCCAACCCUCUAUUCAGCUGCCAUUGCCGCAGCAGCAGCUUAAUCAGCGACCAUUCGUCAACACAAACAAUCCAUUCCAAUCAAAUCCGCCACCGCCACCACUACCACCAUUCAACAACAAACAAUUGCCCCCUCAAGUGCCACCCCAAAACUUCAGACCCCCGCCAUCCGGCAGACAACCGCCACACAAUGGCUUCGGAGCUCAAGUAAACCGAUUCUACAUCCAACAACAUCACACACAAACCUCAUUUAUACCAAAUUUUUUACGAAUCUUACAGCAAGAAACACGAAUCCCUCCACCAUCACUAUCACUACAACAACAACAACCAAGACCUGUUCCGAACACGCUUCAGCCACCCCUACAACAACAAUUAGUACAUCAACAGCCUCCGUUCUUCAACGGACCCCAGCUGAACAAUCAGCCCUUCAUCAGCGGAUCCUUCCCACCGUCGGAUAAUGCUCCCUUUGGAGUUCCUCGAAUCCCCGAUCCUCGCCCAAUCACAUCUUCCGUACAGAAUCCCUUCCUUCAGCCUCCAACCUUUUCUGCACCGCAAGCACCGAUCCCUAGCCAAGUGCGAUUCCCCUCGAAUACGCCAACUGCCCAAGCACAAGCACUCUUCCAAGCAGCCCCCAUCCAGCAGCAAUUCCCCUCGGUCCAAACGAUUGUUCAGCAACCCUUCGAUAACCACAUCCGCUCCGAAGUCCUCCCACUCGCUCAACAACCACUACAGACUCCCAACUUCAACCCAUUUGCCAAUACAGUCCCUCAGCAGCCUGCCUUCAACAACUUCGCACCGGUACAGCAAAGCUUGCCAGUGUUUGUCGGCCCUCAACCACUAAACUCGCAGCCGGGAGUGUUUCCACAAAUUCAACCCGCCGCCACUAGUCAGCCAUUAGUUCAACAGCCUCCACAGCAGCAACAAAGCUUCCCCGUUCAGAACCAACCUCAGUUGAACUUCCAGCAGCAACAAGAGCUGGAGAAACGCCUGAAAGAAGAGAGUGCUCGCAUCCGUGAGCUGCAAGAGAAGCAGAAGGUCAUUCAGAAACACGAACAGUUCCUGCAGAAACAGUACCAAAAACAGCAAGCCAAGGUACAGCAAUUGCACGAAGAUUUCCUCAAGAAGCAACAGAAGUUGAUCAAUCAACAACAACAGGACUAUGAAACUAUCCGUAAAACGCCAACAGUAUCGAGCAAUAUUCAACAGAAUGAGCCAGCAUACGGUGAUCGUAUUGUUAGCGAUAAAACAACGACAGCUUCCUUCAAGAGACAGAAUCCAACGACAGCUGCAUCGAUUACUGUGUCAACAACAACAGAACCUCACCUAGCAGUUAUUCCGUUGAAGCAUAACAAUGGAAAGAAAGAAUACACAACGAUAACCAAGACCGAUCUGGACAGCUUGCUGCAAUCGAAUCGCCAGAAUCUGCUGCAAUCAAUCAGAGCAGAAGUAACAAAGCCUACUAAAGCUCGUACCACUAAAGUCAAAUCGACAAAGGCUCUCGGACGUGAAGAUUUGUUGAAACAGCUGAAACUUGCUCUAGCCGAACAGGGACCUCAAGAUUUGGGAGGUAAGAACUUCAGCUCAACUGAUCUGGUCCUACCUAAUGGCGAAAAGGUUCAGGUCAUCCGUACCACCGACCCUGAAAUCAUCAAGCGAGCAAACGCAAACUCGGAAGCUGUUCUGACUCAACAACUGGAUUCUCCCACGACUGCUAAGGCACUCUCUUUCGAAGAUAUAGCCAAGAGCGGAAUCCUCCCUCCGGGAGCUGAUUUCGAAUUGAUCAAACAAUCAGAAGAUGGACAAGUUCAAGAAGUUGCCAAGAUUCCCCCACAGAAAAAGGUAACUUUUGUCUACUUGGAAGAACAAGAUGAUGGCUCGUACAAAGUUCAGGGCGUAAAAGGAAGUAAUGAUAAGGACACAAAGACGUCUGGUACCGAAGUCGAUACCAUAUUGAAGCGUAUCAAAAAUGGUGAGAUCCAAUUGCCCCCACCAUCCAACAAAGUGGUCAAUGCACCGAUUCUCUUGGAAGGACCAACCACGUCCACCACCACACCACGCAUUGUCCCAGUUCAGAAAGCCAGCUCUGUGACGAUUAUCCCUCACAGUACCCCAAUUGAGAAUCACCGCACGACUAACUACGUUGCAGAUCACACAAUCCCUCGAACUGUUUCAUCCCCGGUCACCUCAAACUACGUGUCAACCGCAUCCCCCUCAAGCCCCAGUUCAAUAACCGCAUUCCCCCAUAGCACCUAUUACGGUAGUACAAUCCCACAAACCUCAACCGUUGUCUCGACCCCAUCCCCCAUCACAAACUUUUUCUCAAGCGAAAAAUCGACCAAUCUCUUCACCGGAAUCAGUUCGACGUACCCCACGAGCACACCACCUGCACCGACUGUAAUCCCAUUUUCAGGCUCUAGCACUGUUCAAUACUCUACCCGUUCGGAGAACUACAACUCCCCUUCGACUAUCGCCCAACAAACAGCUAGCUCCAACAUCUUCACCCAGCACGCGACCGGAAAAUUCGACGUAGUCAUUCCAACCGUCCCCACUCCGGACAACUCGCUGACCACCCAGAACCUAUUCAAACAAACGCAGCUGCAACAAUCCAAGCAAUCGUUACCGCUGAUUCAACACACUACACCGCGGGAGUCACUACAGCAGUCACAAUCCCAACAACAACAAACCACCUCGACCAACGAACUGCCAGCGAUUCUCAAGAAAAGCGGACUAUUUGCAAUGGCCAAAUACCUCCGACAGUCUGGCUUGGACACCAUCCUCAACGAAACUGGUCCCUACACGAUCUUCGUGCCAACGGACAAAGCCUUCCGAAGUCUCCUGGUGCAGCUGGGAGGACCGGAGAAGGCGGAAGAAAAGUUCAAGAACAAUCCACGACUGCUGAGUGGCUUACUGCUUCAUCACGUGAUCCCCGGAUCUUUCGAAAUUGGCACCCUGCAGGACGAGAUGACUGGAGUUUCGCUGGCCGGAACCCAGCUGCGGGUGAACCAAUACAAUAUGCACGAUUCCGAAUGGAAUGACGUAAAAGUAACAACAAUCAACGGUGCCAUGGUCGUGCCAGACAAGCAGGACAUCAUCAUACCGCAGGGAAUUGCGCACGGCGUGGAUCGAGUAAUGUUCCCGCUGCCAGUCGGUGACAUCCUUCAGACGCUGCAGUCCGAUCGGGAACGACGGUUUACCCACUUCCUUCGAGCACUUUACGCAUCGGGAAUGUCCGAUACACUGCAGAACAAAGGUAUCAAAACUUACACGGUGUUUGCGCCGACCGAUGUCGCGUUCUCUCAUCUGUCGACGGACGAGCUGAACAAGCUGGUCACCGACAAGGAACAGGCCGAGGAGCUGGUCAAGAAGCACGUCGUCCCGGGGACGCUCUUUACCGCCGGCAUGAGGUUCUACCAGGUCAAGGAUGCCAUGGCCGAGGGGAAGACGGUGACGCUGCAGAAGAGUGGAGGUAAAAUCAAAAUAAACGACGGUUUCCUGUUGACGUCCAACAUUCCAUCGACUAAUGGCGUCAUCCAUGCGGUUGAUGCUUUGCUGUAGGCUGGAUCAUUUCCAAACGGAAAACUUUCCGACCCGAAGGACAUUUCAGAUCUACAUGAUGCCGAUUGCGAGAUUUUAAUAUCAAUAUUUGAUCCAAUGAUGAUUGCUAUAAUACACAACGAUGAAAAGAAUGAGGUUUAAAAAUCUCUAUUUUAACAAUUGAAAUGGUCAAACAAAACUUUCAAUUUAUUUUUCACUCAAACUCCAUCGUUUGGGCAAUUUUGCUAUCGAGUAUCGCGAAUAGAUGUUUUCUGAAAUGUUUUUUAAGGUCGAUUCGCAUAAACCAGGUGCCGUCACUCGCUAGCUUACCUCAGUACCAGAAAUUUCAGUAACCAAGAGUAAAUUCAACGCGAGUAAGCUAGUGGAGGAACUAAAAAACAAAAUGGAAAAUCGACAAAUUUCAAACCACCGGAUUUUCGACUUUUCAAACAGAGAAAAAACAUUGCACAACACACAAACACACAGCCACGUACACGCAAACACCCACGCAUGCUCACGUCACAUUACUUUGAUUUUAAAAAUUUCGAGCCACUAUUUAUUAACUGCGAAUAAAAUUCGAACCCAUUAUGAUAAUUUAUAAAACAGAAAAUCCAUUAUACUAUUAAGAAUUGUGAACAAAUAGGAGCCACAUAUUGAAAAGUGUGGAAAGGUGAAAAUAUCAGGAUGUUUUCGGUUAAGGAUGAAGUUUCCAGGUAUCAAAUAAACCAGUAGAAUCAUAUACAAAUUAGUUGUCCAAACAAAUUGAUGAAACAUUUUCAAAAACAAUAGAAAGACAAAAGAUAUCUAGACGAAAAAAUAAUCAACUAAAUGCAACGAACUUCAUUUCAGAAGAAUAAUCCAGUUACAAUUUUUUUUCUUGCAAAUCACUUCCUGAAGAAAAAUAAUCAAGGAGAGAAUGUAUGAGUGUGAUUGUGCAAGUAAAUUGUUAAUUUAUUGAUAAGCUAUGAAGCGUUUAGGGUAAGCUCUAGUUAGUAAACUGCUAGGUUCAAUCUUGUAAAUACUGUUUUCCCCCGAUUGAACGUUGCAGCAGUAGGAAAACUCGUCCCCUUGGAAUAAAAACAAAAAGUUGUAAAUUUAAA